CCAAAUUGUAGUGUUAUUUAUGUAAACCAGACUUUCUGGGGCUUUUCCGACAGCUUAAAGGAUUUACAACUGAAAUCCAGGCAAAUAACAGGACAUUAAACCUGCAUAGCUAUGGCAGCAGGUAUACUGCGCUUCAUCCUAAUCCUAAUCCUCGUCACCUUCACCAUUUUUUCGUACUUGUCGAAAUCAAGUAUCAUGGCUAAACUGAAUUUGGGGCCAUCGGAACCGUCAGAAAACAAGGAUCCUUUAAACGCCCCCUCAGCAAGUAGUAAUAAUACGUCGAGUACAAGUUACUGGACUUUGGACUCUGAUGUUGGUACCUUGGGAAGUACUGGCAACAACAACCAUAUCAGGAUCGGACUAGUACCUUUUUCAGACCGCUUAAGGGAUAAUAAGCAGGAUAAACCAUUUAAUUUGGUAUCUUUGGGUAGCAAAGCUCCCAUCCGAAUCCCACUCGCUGGAGCUAUCUAUAGGCCCGGCCAUCUUGACAACGAAAUCGACAUGGAGAGGAUAUGUCCCCGCGACGGACUCUUUACCAAAUUGCUGGUUCUUAUUACCUCGGCUAUAAGCCAUGGCGCAGCAAGGAUGGCCAUACGCCAGACGUGGAUGCACUACGGCUUCCGCAGAGACGUAGGCAUGGCCUUCGUCCUGGGACAUGGCAAAGACAAUAAGCAGAACAAAGUCCUCGAUGACGAGGAUUUCAUGUACCGCGACCUGAUAAGGGGUCACUUCGUGGACUCGUAUAACAACCUCACGCUCAAGACCAUGUCCUCGUUAGAGUGGGCACAUCGCCACUGCCGGCGUGCUAGGUACGUCCUCAAGACGGACGACGAUAUGUUCGUCAAUUUCCCCAAACUGCUGUCUUUUCUGGACAAGCUCAAGGCAAAUCGAACCAUCUACGGUCGUCGUGCUGAUUACUGGAAGCCAGUUCGCAAUAGGUGGUCCAAAUACUACAUAUCCAUUGACCAAUAUGCGGAGAAGGUUUAUCCCGCUUUCACCACGGGACCCGCCUACCUCCUCACCGGUGAUAUCGUGGGCGACCUUCUGAAUCGCUCGCUCAGGACCCCCUUUCUGAAGCUGGAGGAUGUCUUUAUGACGGGCAUUGUUGCCGAAAGUCUGGCCAUUAAGAGGGUAAAUGUACGCGAGAUCGCCAAUAUUCGCGUGGACCUGGACGCCUGUCGCAUCCGUGACAAGAUCACAGUGCACAUGGUGAGUCCCAACGAGCAGUUUGAGGCAUGGAUGAAGCUGCUGGACGAUUCCAUUAAGUGUAAAAAUGGAUAUAUGUUACGUAAUUCCAAUUAAGUUGAACAAAAUGUGUUGUAUAUAUUUUGCAUACAAAA